ACCACGGUGUGUGAACCAUGGUGUGAACCACGGUGUGAACGCAGCACGCCUGUGUUUUCUUGCAGGUGCUCUGAAGCUGUUUUCUGCGGCUGAGAAGCGGAAACUUCAGCCUCUCCAACGCUGUAAGUUUCCUGAGUGAUGACGUGUUGUAAUACUAACAACAGUAACAGUCAUAAUAUCGUCAUAAUGAUAAGGACAAUGUGCCAGUGACGACUCAAAGCGCUUGUGCGUUCAUGUGAGGACUGUGUUGUUUUUCAUCACCUUCAGUCGUGCAAUGAUUGUCCUGCUGGAGCUGCUUUACAUCACUUUAUUCUCAGUCGUGGACACACAGGAAGUCGCCCCGCUCCAAGUGAUCGGAUACCUUGGCCAUGAAGUCGUCCUGCCGUGUCGUGUCACAGGACACACAAUCGUUCAGAUUCAGUGGAAGCUGCAGCAGCCAGAGGGACAGAGUGUUUCCAUCGCAGUUUAUAAUCCAAAUCUGGGCAAAAAUAUCUUGGACUCUCCACUGAAGGAUAGAGUGGAGAUCGAGGAACUAUCGUUGAUUAUCAAAGACGUUGAACUGAACGAUGCUGGGCUGUACAUGUGCCGCGCUACAACCUUCCCCAGUGGUUCACUUCUGCAGACCGUCCAACUUAUUGUUCAAGAGAUGCCAUUACCAUCAGGGAUUGUGUUUGCUAUAGUGGCUGCUGUCCUUCUGCUGCUGGGGAUCAUCGCAGCUGGAGCUUACUUCAUACACAUGAGAAGAGGUGAUUCAUCAGUCGGACAUCGUGGCUUAAUCGACACAGGUGAGAAGGUGACGGGCGUGGCCAGUCCAUGUGAUGUUGAGGAUGUGGUCUACUCUCACGUCAACUUCAAGCCAUCCACAAAAGAGACGCCACCAAACUCUGACAAAGAUGCUGCGACCAUGAGCGCCGACGUCACGUAUGCGGAUGUUGUAGUUUUGAAUCUUCAGCCAAAGUGAAAUUUAAAUAAACACUUUCGAAGCG